AUGAGUGAGUUUCUGUUCUUUUCUCUUCAGCCACUGUUCUCAUAUAUGAUGAAUAAGAAUAUCAGACUCCACACUAAUUCUAACAUAAGAAAUACCUUUUUCUCUGAAAUUGGCAUUGGUAUCUCAGGCAACAGCCUCCUACUUCUCUUCCACAUCAUCAAGUUCAUUCAUGGGCAGAGAUCCAGACUCACUGACCUACCCAUUGGACUCCUACUGAUGCUACUGAUGGUGGCAUUCAUAGCCACAGACAUUUUUAUUUCUCAGAGGGAAUGGGAUGACAUCAUAUGUAAAUUCCUUGUCUACCUGUACAGAAUUUUUAGAGGUCUCUCCCUUUGUACCACCUGCAUGCUGAGUGUCCUGCAGGCCAUCAUUCUCAGUCCCAGAAGCUCCUGUUUAGCAAAGUUUAAGCAUAAGUCACCCUAUUAUGUCUCCUGUGCCAUGCUUUUCCUGAGUGCCCUCUACAUGAUCAUUAGCAGUCACCUCUUAGUAUCCAUCAUUGCCACCCCAAAUUUGACCACAAAUGAACUUAUGCAUGUCACUCAGUCCUGCUCUAUUCUACCCGUGAGUUACCUCAUGCAAAGCAUGUUUUCUAUACUUGUGGCCAUCAGAGAUAUAUUUCUUAUUAGUCUCAUGGUCUUCUCGACUUGGUACAUGGUGGCUCUCUUGUGUAGGCACAGGAAACAGACACAGCAUCUUCAGGGUACCAGCCUUUCCCCAAAAGGAUCCCCAGAGCAAAGGGCCACCCGUUCUAUCCUGAUGCUCAUGAGCUUCUUUGUCCUGAUGUCCAUCUUCGACAGCAUUGUCUCCUGCUCAAGAACUAUGUUCCUGAAUGAUCCAACAUCUUACAAUAUUCAAAUAUUUGUGAUGCACAUCUAUGCCACAGUCAGCCCUUUUGUGUUUAUGAGCAUUGAAAAACAUAUAGUUAACUUUUUUAGGUCAAUGUGUGUGAGGGUGAUGAAUGUUUGA